UUUGGCGCUAGAGGAAGGGCUCAUCACGUUUUGAGGUUAACUUUCGCUGUUAUAGCCAUUUUCGCGCUCGAAGUCACCAUGUCGCAAUCUGGCCGAGACCAUACAGCUCAUCCUGGCCAGAGCCAAUCAACUAACCAUUCCCCACGACGUUCAACACCACCGCCUCCGGUCACGAAUAUCACGAACUUCCUUCAAAACCCGGAGUUUAUUCAAGGUUUAACCUCUCUGAUAGCGCGAGCCAUGCCCAGAAACUCUAUUACGGUGCCAUUAUCAAUGUCGUUUGCUACCAAUCCAACAGAACAUCCAAAUCAUACUCGUCAUGACCCUGAAACACAUGCGGCGACAUCCCAUGCUACGUCUCAACCACACCAUACUUCUCCACGUCGAGAGGAGUUAACUCGUAUAACCGUUAACCCAGUAACAAACAACCAGGCCCCGGAGGAACCCCCCGUACAGGAAAUGACAGCUGAAAGCCACUCUGCUCAUCAUCAGCGAGUUCCGUCACGUCCUAGACCUACUUCACCGAUGCCUCAUGUUCGUGAAGAUUUACAGCGUCAGAUUGAACGGAAUCGUAUCUCAAGACAUAGUGCAGGGGAAAUUGAAACUUUCAAAGUCUUGGAUGUCCAGAAUGAAUAUAAUGCUGUUAUAGGGCGAACUGCACUUUACAAGCUCCGUGCUGCCGUGUCAAUUUUUCAUUACGCCUUGAAGUUCCCUACCAUUGAAAGAGAAGACACUCAUUAUGGUGAUCAACGAGAAGCACGAAGUUUGACGUUGCUCUCAACCUCGCGUAACUUUCAUAUGAUUGAAGAGCAGGAUACUGAUAACUCUAAUGAGUUGAAAAAUCUAACUCCUCCUGAUGCUCAAAGGACUAAUCAAUUUGCUUUAGAUACCGACAUCCCUCUUCUUACUGAUACCGAUGUCCCUGUGACGUCGAAUUUGCCUGAAACACUAAAUGAAGCCCUUGAUCAAGAACAAUCUUUUCAUGAGAAAGACAUAGGAAUACACAAAGAUAUAGAUCCACAGAUGCAAUUCAAAGAUAGGAAUCAUCAUGCCCGAGCGGAACCAGUCGAAGAAAUCGAAACUAUUUACGUGGAUGGAUUGACUCAGGAAAAAUCAUUGCGCAUUGGAGCUAACCUUCAAGAACCCACACGUUCGUGCUUAAUUCAAUUUCUUCAGUCAAAUUCCGACGUAUUCGCCUGGAAACACGAAGACAUGAAAGGAAUAGACCCGCAGAAAGCAUGUCAUCGCUUAAAUUUGGAUAAGACCGUCAAGCCCGUCAUACAGAAACGCCGAAAAUUCGGCCCAGAUCGCCAGAAGGCUCUUAAAGAGAAAGUGAACAAGCUCAUAGACAACAAGUUCAUCAAAGAAGCCAAAUACCCGACGUGGAUAUCAAAUCCUGUCUUGGUUAAGAAAGCCACUGGCCUUUGGCGUCUGUGCAUUGAUUUCUCGGAUUUGAAUCAAGCAUGCCCGAAAGAUAGCUAUCCGAUUCCACACAUUGAUUACAUGGUAGACGCUACAUCGGGACAUCAACUCAUGAGCUUUUUGGAUGCCUAUUCCAGUUACAAUCAAAUUCCCAUGCACCCUAAUGAUGCUGAACAUACAUCGUUCUACUCAGCCCGAGGUCUUUAUUACUAUGUCAUGAUGACUUUUGGAUUGAAGAAUGCUGGGGCCACAUACCAAAGGUUGGUCAAUAAGAUGUUUUCUCGUUUGAUCGGUCAUACAAUGGAAGUUUACGUAGACGACAUGCUGGUGAAAUCGGAACAAGCCUCUGAUCACAUCGCUCAUCUAUCUGAAGUCUUGGAUAUUCUCCGAGAAUAUUCCAUGGUGCUUAAUCCUAAGAAGUGCACCUUUGGAGUUAGAUCAGGGAAAUUUUUAGGAUACAUGGUGAGUCAGAGAGGAAUCGAAGCCAAUCCUGCCAAGAUCCAAGCCAUACUUGAAUUGGCUCCCCCGACAUCUAUUAAAGGUGUCCAAGCUUUAACUGGUCGACUGGCAGCUCUGAACCGAUUCAUUUCAAAGUCGACGGAUCAUUGUAAGUCGUUCUUUGACACUAUCAGAAAGAAGAAGCCGUUCGAAUGGACCGUGGAAUGUCAGAAUGCUUUUGACAACAUCAAAGAAGUUCUUUCAUGGAUACCGACGUUGCAGAAACCUCUUCCUGAUGAACCUUUGUAUUUGUACUUGGGUGUAAGUGACGUUGCUGUUAGUGCUGUUCUUAUACGACAAGAUGGACUUCAGCAGUUCCCGAUAUAUUACGUUAGCAAGGCCUUACAUGACGCUGAAUUACGAUAUCCGUAUAUGGAGAAGUUUGCCUUUGCUCUGAUCAUCAUUUCACGAAAGCUGCGCCCAUAUUUUAUGGAGCAUUCUGUUAUUGUGUUCACAUCAUAUCCUCUCCGACAAGUACUCCAUCGACCUGACACAUCGGGAAGAAUGAUUAAGUGGGCAAUAGAACUGGGACAGUUUGAUAUUCAGUACCGACCACGAACUGCCAUCAAAGCCCAAGUGUUAUUUGAUUUCAUAGCAGAGUUUACCCCAAUUGUCAGUACAUCUAUUGAAGAUCCGACAUGGACUCUUUACAUUGAUGGAUCGUCCACCGCUAUACAAGCUGGGGGAGGAAUUGUUUUAGUUAGUCCUGAUCAACAAGUGUUUUGUUACUCUGUAGCAUUCACUUUCCCGACCACCAACAAUGAAGCUGAAUAUGAGGCCCUCUUAUCAGGCCUACACUUUGCCGAAUCCAUGAAUGUUUCCUCUCUCCGAAUAUUUUCUAACUCUCAGUUAUUAGUCAGCCAUAUUAAUGGCACUUACGAAGUUAAGGAACCACGGUUGUUGCCUUAUUUUGAUCUC